AUGGAGCCCACCAAAGUCCAGUCAGAUGGUGGCCUCAAUGUCACCCUUACCAUCCGCCUCCUCAUGCAUGGAAAAGAGGUUGGAAGUAUAAUUGGAAAGAAAGGGGAAACAGUCAAAAAGAUGCGAGAAGAGAGCGGAGCACGAAUCAAUAUUUCUGAGGGCAACUGUCCAGAGAGGAUUGUCACCAUCACUGGACCAACAGACACCAUUUUCAAAGCUUUCGCUAUGAUUGCCUACAAAUUCGAGGAGGACAUAAUCAAUUCCAUGAGCAACAGCCCAGCAACCAGCAAGCCUCCAGUCACCUUAAGGCUUGUAGUGCCGGCCAGUCAGUGUGGCUCCCUCAUAGGUAAAGGAGGCUCCAAGAUAAAAGAAAUGAGAGAGUCCACAGGGGCCCAGGUCCAAGUAGCAGGGGACAUGCUGCCCAACUCCACAGAACGUGCAGUGACAAUCUCUGGGACCCCAGAAGCCAUCAUUCAGUGUGUCAAACAAAUCUGUGUCGUCAUGCUGGAGUCUCCACCCAAAGGUGCCACCAUCCCUUAUCGCCCAAAGCCUGCUUCCACCCCAGUCAUUUUUUCUGGUGGCCAGGCCUACACAAUUCAGGGACAGUACGCCAUACCACAUCCAGAUCAGUUGACCAAGCUCCACCAGUUGGCUAUGCAGCAAACCCCCUUUACCCCUCUCGGACAGACCACCCCUGCUUUCCCUGGUUUGGAUGCCAGUCCACCAGCCAGCACCCAUGAACUCACCAUUCCCAAUGAUCUAAUAGGCUGCAUCAUUGGACGCCAGGGAACCAAAAUAAAUGAGAUUCGACAGAUGUCUGGAGCGCAGAUCAAGAUUGCGAACGCCAUGGAAGGCUCGUCAGAGCGCCAGAUCACCAUCACAGGGACUCCUGCUAACAUCAGCCUGGCCCAGUAUCUCAUCAAUGCCAGGCUGACGUCUGAAGUCACUGGAAUGGGCACACUCUAA